AUGUUCAGAGCGUUAACUGAAUUAUGGGCGGUCCUCCCGACGUUCAUCCCCUUUUUACGACCUCAAAUUCCCCUCUUGUCUCCGGCACACGACCUCUCCAGGUUCGCUAUCGAGCAUUCAUGGGGAGUCUACUCGCCCUUCCACGCUACAGAGGAUUAUCCCCCAAUUCCAGAGGGUUGUGAUAUUGAUCAAGUCAACAUCCUUCAUCGACACGGCGCCCGACUACCGUCCGAAAGUCAAACAGAAGACAUCCUCUCAGGUGUGACCAAGCUGCUCGGUGUCGAUGAAUACACAGAUGAACGACUUGACUUCCUUCACACUUUCCACUACCCUCUUGGCGAGAAUUUACUCGUUCCCCUUGGAGCUUUGCAGUCACAACAAUCCGGAGCGACGGCUUUCCAUCGUUACAAGCACUUGCUUUCCGAAGAUGACCUCCCCUUCAUUAGAGCAUCGGGCAUGAGCAGGGUCGUGGAUAGCGCCUUGAAUUGGACUGCUGGAUUUGCUGCCGCCAGCGAGCAGAAACACACUCCCAGGUUAUCUGUCAUCAUUUCAGAAGCAGGAAAUGAUACCCUCCAAGAUAACAAUUGUCCAAAUGCAGCGUCCUCGCACAAAGAAAUGCGCGAGUGGCUCGAGGUGUAUGCGCCCCCAAUCACUAGCCGGCUCAACUCGUGGGCACCUGGCGCGAGCUUGACCCACGAGGACAUUCAUGGGCUGAUGAUGCUUUGUGCUUUCCAUACUGUUGCCUCUGUAGUCCCAGAGGACUUCGAAUCUGGCAAGGCCCUUCCAUACAGUCCUUUCUGUGAUCUCUUCGAGUCCAGGGAGUUCGAGAGCUUUGCCUACUCGUCAGAUGUAGACCGUUAUUACAGCACUGGAUACGGAGGACGUCUCGGAAAGGUCCAAGGAGUUGGCUAUGUAAAUGAGCUUCUCGCGCGCCUUACCCGUUCUCCAGUCUCCGACCAGACUUGCACCAACACGACCCUAGACUCCCAUUAUGCAACAUUCCCUCUCGAUCGCACCAUUUAUGCCGACUUCACGCAUGAUGCGCCGCUUAUCGCGGUGUUCAAUGCCAUCGGAUUGUUCCCAACCCCGUCUUUCCCUACACGGCCCAGAGGCGGGCCAGACUCAAUGCGGGAUUGGCGCACGAGCAGGAUCAUGACCUUCAGCUCUCGUAUGGUUGUCGAAAAACUCGAGUGUCAACCUCAGGCCAGCAGCGCAGAUCCCACAGAGGAUCUCAAAAAACACAAAAAGAAGAGGACCAAGAAGUUCAUCCGGGUACUAGUGAACGAGGUUCAGCAACCGCUGGAAUUCUGUGGAGCCCCAACUUCGGGGCCAUUACACGGUUUAUGUGAAUUCGAUGCAUUUCUGGAGAGCCAAAUGUAUUCGCGCAAUCAUGGCGAAGGAGAUUGGGAUAAGUGCUUUGAGUAA